AUGAACAUUUGCCGUCGACUAGCAAUGAAGGAGCAGAGACUUGCUUCCUGGUCUGACUCAUCUAAGCUGAGAACUCAUGACUUCCGCGGUGAAAGUCCAGCCAGAACCUACUUCGCGCCUGGAUCUUAUCUCAACCGGGGAUAUGGGACAGCCUCUAUUAUUCGGCUCUAUCUGAUAGGAAUCAUAAACGAAAAUAUUAUGUCUUCGGAAUGGUUGAAAACACCGUGCAAACGAAAAGAUCCGAACCUCAACGAAUGCAUCCGGAGUACGUUCCAGGGGAUGUUCCCAUAUAUGGCCAAAGGUAUCCCGGAGGUGAACAUCCCCAGAUUCGAACCACUCUUCAUUGAGAAAAUCGGGAUUACCAAAGGGCACGGCGCUGUGACCCUCACCGGUAACUUCAACAGCCUCUAUGCCCACGGACCAAGCAACACCACGGCCGUCAGCUGCCUGUUUGAUAUAGAACAAGGAAGGUUCAACAUAGGACUUCACAUUCCUAUGAUAACAACGGAAUCACAAUACAAUCUUAAAGGAAACAUACUACUUUUGCCUCUUAUUGGAGUUGGAAAUGCAAAACUAAUCCUCCGAAAUGUAACCACAGAGGUGUACAUGAAGGUUAGCUUCCCUAAAGUACAAGGAGAAGAAGUCAUGAGGGUAGAUGGAAUGAGAGUUGAGUUCCGUAUGGCCAAUUGCAGAGUUCACUUGGAUAAUCUUUUCAAUGGGAACAAAGUUUUAGGUCAUACAGUAAAUAACUUCCUUAACAAGAAUGCUCUGGAAGUAGUUGAAGAGUUGAAAGAGAAUAUUGGGGAAAACUUGGCUGUGGUCUUUAAAAAAAUUAUGAAUGACGCAUUUACGAGAAUUCCAACAAAGUUUUGGAUACCAAAUGAUGACUAAUAACCUCUAAUAAUUAAUGGUUUGAUGUACAGUAUUAUCCCAUAACAGAAUCAAGUCUGAUCUUUUUUCUAUAGUAUCCAGACGAAAAAUGAAGAAACAGUUUUCAAAACAUCCUGAAGAUUUUUGACUUUGAAAGUCAAAUGUUUUUUUUCCAGUGACAGAAAAAGAUAAGCAUUUGACAAUGAAAGAUCUUAGAAGUCAGUGGAUUAAUCAUAUUGCAGUGGGAUCUUAAAAUAAUUAUUCUUUUCUUAAUAAAUAAUUGUAUAUAUUAUUCAAUUAUUCAAAUACUCAACUGUUUUUUGAGUGACUAAUUUCUGUAGUUAUUACGUUAUUACGUUUCUGUAGCAACAUUUUACAUUUUUAUUGGAUUUAGUGAUAUAUAGCAUAUAGUUAGUUCAAGGGAUCUUUGAACUUACCUUUAAUCUUGAUUAAAAUGAAUUAAAAAUAAGUUAAAAACGAAUGUUCAAAUUCAUCACCACUCUAAAAAAAAAAAAUUAUUAGUACAUAAAUAAAGUUAUUAUAUUCAGCAUACCAAAAUUUAAUUUAAAUAAUUAAAUAUAAAUUACGCAAAUCAUUAUAAACAGAAAAAAAUCCAAACUUUUCUUUAGGAGUGAAAUAUUAACAAAAGUAUAAAACAUUUAUAAGAAGUUCACUUCAUAUUAUUUUCAAAAAAAAGCAAAUCAUAAUUUUUAUCAAACAAUUUCUCAAAUUUUUCUUAAUUGAAGCAAUUAUUAUUUUUCUUUCAAAUUCUUGCUUCUAUUUUUAUUAAAAUAAUUUCUCUGUAUUUUCUAAAAAAAAGAUUAAUUUUGUGCAUUUAGGAAAAAAGUCUCUAAACAACUAUAUUUAGAUAAAAAUGUAUUACAGAUCACCUUAAUAUACAAAUUUUAAAAAAUGAAUACAUAUGGAACAUAGAAAUAAGGAUUACAAUAUUUUAAUCGGGUGGUUUCAGAAAGCAAUGUUGGCAAGAUUUUUCUAGAUUAUUUUUAUAAAACGGUUUUAACAGGUUCCGGGUAGAGUACCUUAGAUUUAGAAGUCAUUACUUUUGAAGUUUAAAUUUGGUUCAUGAUCAAAUAAUUCAACACAUUAUUUUUAUUCUCAAUCUAAAUUUUUUUCUUUUUUUUUUUUACUUUUGAUAAAAAUAUUCUGUUUUUUUUUUAAUUCUCAUUUUUAAUCAGUCUCUAGAUUUUUUUACAAAAUCUAUUUAACAUUUAGCAUAAUUUUUUUAUUAUAUUACUUAAAGAAAAAUUGUAAGUAGAUUUCUUCAUCAUUACAUCACUACGUUACAUUAUAACAAUAUAAUACUUAUAAUCAAAUAAGAAACAGUUGGUUAUAGAAAGGACCUAAUCUAAGAGAUAGUGAAAAGGAAGCAUUCAAAAUAAAAAACAAUAUCGUCUUGCACUCUAUACUAUUUUUGUGUAGGUUUCUAACGAUUACUUCAAUUGACUGUAAUAAAUUCAUUAUACUUUUCUAAUGAUAAAUGAACUUUCAACUACUUUUAAACUAUAAUUUUGGAUUAAAUCUUUAAAACCGUUAGCUUAUUUAUUCCUCAUGAAUACACAUAUAAACAAUUAAAAACUUUUUCCAUUAUUUGAUAAUGAUAAUAAAUAAUAAAAUUGAGUAAAAAUAAUAUCGGUUCAAUUUUGGGAUAGAAAUGCCUAAAUUAACAUUAGUCUUCCUUCUAGCGCGUUAGCACUUAAUAGUUGGUAUGGUAUGGGUAUUGGUUUUAAUAGCUAUUUAAUAUAUAUAAUCUUCUAUAAAACUUAGUAUGGCAAUUCAUAAUGUUAAUAAAGUAGUAGGAUUGUCUAAUGUUUGAAAACGGUGGAUCAGUUACCAGUUUUACACUGCCUGCUUGUAGAAUCAGUUUAAAUGUACAUUGGUUCUCAAGAUUUAGAUGUAAAUAGCUACUAUGUACUAUAUUCUUUAAUUGUAGUUGUUAGUAGUGGCUAUCGAACCAAGAUAUACAACUUAUUAUCAAAUAUUUACAAUUGAUUGCUACACUGCUGAGAUAUCUACCUGGAGAACUAGUUAAUUUUCUCAUAUUCAUAUCAAUUUUUUAAAUCAUAAUUAUACAUUACAAAUGCUAUAUUUAAUCAAAACAUGUCAAAUGUUAAAUGAAAAUUAUUCUGUGAACAAAUCUUAUCUAUAGAACCACCUAAAGAGACGAUAAAGUUUUCUUAUAUUAUGUAAAAUGUUGGUAUCAAUAUUAAAAAAUGACUUUUUUUUCAAAGGACUAUUGAUAUAUGAUGUUAAAUUUGUUUUUAAAUUAAGCACUAAUAGUAAAAAGAUAAGGUCAAUUUUUGUAUAUUGAUAGCUAUAUAUCAAAAUAUAUUAAUGCAAAUUAUGGAGAUAACGAAAAAUGAAUUGAAAAUGUGCUUUGAAAAAAAUUGUAAUGUUUCAUAUAUCUAUACUCUUCAAUUACAGUGAUGAGUAAGACAUGAAAUAAAAAUGAUUGAUUGCACAACUAAGCGAUGAAAACUGGUUUUUAUGUUAUGUAUACAAAUAUUUAUGUAGUUAUAUUUAUAAUUAUGUCAAAAAAAAAAAGUGGUAAGGAGAAAUGACACUGUUAAAAUAGGUUUUUUGUUUUAAUCGCAGAAAGUGAUAACCAAACACUUGGAAUUAGUCCUUGACUACUUAUACUAGAGUAACAGGUAUAUACAGUGCUGGCCUUAGAAUUUUGGUGUACCUGGGCAAUGACGUCAUCUCCUCCCUCCUAAAAAAUUUAAUUUAUUACUUAAGCUUUUUUAAAUUAUGUAAUAUUUGAGUUUUAUUUCAUUCAACCUUUCUCUAAUACAGUUGCUUUAUUCAUAUACUAACAUUAAUUAUUAGCGUAAGGAGCGCCCAUGAAGAUCAACCAAGGCACCCCUCCCCACACCCCCCCAACAAAGGUGCCCUUUCAGGUCGGCACCCAGCAGCAAUUGCCCCAGUUGCCCCACCCUAAGGCCGUAACUGGGAAUAAAUCAUUCCUUGCAAGUUUCAAUUAAGAUAUAUUUCAUGAAGUAUAUGCGAUGAAACAUUCUGAUACAUAUCUCCUAUGUUUUAUCUGGAUCAAAACGGGUACAAAGCAGAUUUUGAGUGAUAUUUCUCAGGAUAAUCAGGGUUUAUUUAGACCUUAGUUUUUUUUAUAAAAUGUGGUCCACCUACAAUCGGGAGAGAGCUUACGCCUAGCAAGUUAAGAGAAAGGAGGGGCUCCAUAAAGCAAAUUUGACAUUAACUUCAACUUUGUGAUUC